AUGGUCGAUAUGCAACCUAAAACCCAAACCCGGCCACAUUCGUCUAGGCACGUGCAGGGACAGAAUAUGGUCUUUCGAAUCCCGAACUACAAAAAGGAUUCUCUAGCAUGCGGGUCCGAACCGUCUGAACAGAUCUAUCAUUCCCGCCGGUCUCAUCGGAAAUCCCGCGCCGGCUGUGUGAACUGUAAGCAACGAAGAGUCAAGUGCGACGAAGCAAAACCCCAUUGUCUCCGAUGCCAAAAACAUGGCAUUGAGUGUGACUACCCGAGCCAGCCAGCCCAACCUCAAAAGAACAAUAACAUCGUUUCCCAAUUCAGCAAAACCAACCCUGACUUGAUAUCGAUUGAUUCUCUAGCUCCUUCAAUGUCUCUAAUGAUGGUCGCGGACAAGCUGAAUGAAUUACUGCAACCAACACCCGAUACUGGUAUCCAGCUGCCGAGAUUACUCACAGAUGCCACAGCAUCAACCCGCACUAUGGAAGCAUUGCAUCAUUUCCACAAAGCCCCAGCCUUUGGAACAGAAAGCCCAACGCCUAUUCGAAUCGUAAUGGGCAAAAUGGUCGAACUUGCCUUCGAAACCCCCUUCCUCAUGCACGCCAUAAUAGCAUCCGCAACAACCCACCUCUGCAUCGUACUCCCAGACAACAAAGCCUACCGCCUAUCAGAAGCCUACCACUGGCAACAAACAAUAAACCAAUACUCGACCGAAGUCUCCAAAGCCAUAACCCGCACCAACAUGGACAAGCUCUACUCCACCUGUCUAAUGAUCAGCAUGCACUCCUUCAACCAAGAAACCUUUAACCCGCGCGCCUCCUUCGUCUUCACAACGGACCCAACAGCCCUAACGUGGCUCCGACUGCAGACCGGGCUCCGCUACCUCCUCGAGCGCACGGGGACCUGGCUCCCGCAGAGCAUGUGGUGGACUGUAUUCAUGGAGGCGCGGGAUCCAUCCCUGGACUUUGAAGAUAAGCGUCCUGGCCGCGUGGGUCUUGAUCCGGAUUUGGCAGAUCUUUGUGGGAUUGCGGAUGAGACGACUGUCGAGGAGAAUCCGUGUUUGUGGCCUUUGCGCAUGCUUAUGGGAUUGUUGCCGUUUGAGAGGGUGACGGAAAGUUCUAGGGUUUAUAAUACUUGGAUGGGAAGACUGGAGAAUCCGUUCUAUGAGUGUUUGCUUAGGAAGGAGCCGCCGGCGCUGGUUUUGUUGGCUUGGUGGUUGGGGCUUAUGUGUUAUGUUGAGGAGUGGUGGGUUGAGACGAGGGUUCGAUCGGAAUGUACGGCUAUCUGUAUGUUUCUGGAGGAUAGUUGUGAUCCGCUGGUUUUGAAGUUGUUGGAGUUUCCGGCGUCGUGUUGUGGGUAUUUGCUUAGACAUGAGCAGGAACAGGCUAGGGUUCUUGAGUUGGAUUGA